AUGAAAACACACGGCCGCUUAGGCAAGGACGUGUAUCGGUGCCGGUUUUGCGAGAUGCCGUUCUCGGUGCCGUCCACGCUCGAAAAGCACAUGCGCAAGUGCGUCGUCAACCAGAACAUUAAACUGGAGGGCAGCCAGUACAUCAAGAUGGAUGACGGUUCCAAGACCGAGUCCGGCGGUGGUUACAUUCUGCCACCGUCUUCCAUGGCCGACGAUGAGUCGUACAGCAGCUCAGUCAUUUCGAAGGACAACACAUGA